GCGAAGCCUCCUCCUCCUCUUCCCUCCCUCUCCUCCUUUUCCUCCUCCCCCUGCCUGGUGCCUAUGGCUCAGACCCCGGACUGAGCGUUGAGGGGCAGAGGGCGGCCGGUGGGCAGAGCAGGGCUGGGCAGGGGACCCUUCUUUGGGCGAUCGGCGGGGAGACCCGGCGUUUGCCACCAUGGCGGAGAAGGACGCGGGCCCCAGAGAAAUGGCUCCUACAUCUGCCUACUCCUCACCAGCCAAGAGCUUGGGGGAUCCAGGGAUCACACCACUGUCUCCCUCACAUGUUGCGAACGACUCUGAUCCAAAUGUCCCCGAGCAGCAGGCCUUUCUUGUGGUCGUUGCUAUUGAUUUUGGCACCACUUCCAGCGGUUAUGCCUACAGUUUCACAAAGGAGCCAGAAUGCAUUCAUGUCAUGAGACGAUGGGAAGGUGGAGAUCCAGGCGUAUCCAAUCAGAAGACUCCGACCACUAUCCUGUUAACGCCUGAGAGGAAGUUCCACAGUUUUGGCUACGCAGCCAGAGACUUUUACCAUGACCUGGACCCCAACGAAUCGAAACAGUGGCUGUACCUGGAAAAAUUCAAGAUGAAACUCCAUACAACUAGUAAUCUUAAUCUGGAGACAGAUCUGACAGCAGCAAACGGGAAGAAAAUCAAAGCCCUCGAAAUAUUUUCUUUUGCUCUGCAGUUCUUCAAGGAACAAGCACUAAAGGAGCUGAGCGAUCAGGCAGGGUCAGAGUUUGAGAACUCGGAUGUGCGAUGGGUCAUCACAGUGCCAGCUAUUUGGAAACAGCCUGCCAAGCAAUUCAUGCGUCAAGCUGCUUACCAGGCAGGGAUGGCCACCCCUGAAAACCCAGAGCAGCUGAUAAUUGCCCUGGAACCCGAAGCCGCCUCCAUUUACUGCCGGAAGUUGCGUCUCCAUCAGAUGAUCGAUCUGAGCACCAAAGCGGCUGUCAAUGGUUACACCUCCAGUGACACUGUAGGAGCUGGGUUUGCACAGGCCAAGGAACACAUACGUCGUAAUCGGCAGAGUCGUACCUUUUUGGUGGAAAAUGUCAUAGGAGAGAUCUGGUCCGAACUGGAGGAAGGCGACCGAUAUGUAGUUGUGGACAGUGGAGGAGGCACAGUGGACCUGACUGUUCAUCAGAUAAGAUUGCCGGAAGGUCACCUCAAGGAACUGUACAAGGCAACAGGAGGGCCCUAUGGUUCAUUGGGAGUGGAUUAUGAGUUUGAAAAACUUCUGUGUAAGAUAUUUGGAGAGGAUUUUAUCGAACAAUUUAAAAUCAAGCGUCCCGCUGCCUGGGUGGAUUUGAUGAUUGCUUUUGAAUCCCGCAAACGGGCUGCAGCCCCUGACAGAAGCAACCCACUGAAUAUCAAUCUGCCCUUCUCCUUUAUCGAUUACUAUAAGAAAUUCCGAGGUCAUAGUGUGGAACAUGCCCUAAGGAAAAGCAAUGUUGAUUUUGUGAAAUGGUCAUCUCAAGGCAUGUUGAGGAUGAGCCCAGAUGCGAUGAAUGCACUCUUUAAACCAACCAUCGACAGUAUCAUCGACCAUCUCCGGGACCUGUUCGAGAAGCCGGAAGUGAUGGACGUCAAAUUCCUCUUCUUGGUGGGGGGCUUUGCUGAGGCCCCCCUCCUGCAGCAGGCCAUCCAGGCCGCGUUUGGCUCCAAGUGCCGGGUUAUCAUCCCCCAGGACGUGGGCCUCACCAUCCUCAAGGGAGCCGUCCUCUUCGGCCUGGACCCCGCCGUUAUCAAGGUGCGCCGUUCCCCUCUGACAUACGGGGUGGGGGUGCUCAACCGCUAUGUGGAAGGGAAACACCCCCCGGAGAAGCUGCUGGUGAAGGAUGGCACGCGGUGGUGCACCGAUGUCUUUGACAAGUUCAUUUCGGCCAACCAGUCUGUCGCCCUGGGCGAGACGGUCAAACGCAGCUACACGCCGGCCAAGCCCUCCCAGCUGGUCAUCGUCAUCAACAUCUACAGCUCGGAGCAAGAGGAUGUCAGCUUCAUCACCGACCUGGGGGUCAAGAAAUGUGGCACCCUCCGCCUGGACCUCACCGGGACGGAGGGCUCACCAGUGCCCGCCCGGAGGGAGAUCCAGACACUCAUGCAGUUUGGGGACACAGAGAUGAAGGCCAUAGCCAUUGAUGUUUCCACCGCGAAGAGCGUCAAAGCCGGGAUUGAUUUCUUAAAUUACUAGCCACCCCCUUGGACUCCCCUCUUUGGUUUCUGGCGUUCCAUGCGCAGAUCUGUCCAUCUGACCCCUCUCCCCUUGAAUUUCAGCAGGGAAGUUGAAUGCAGCUAGGAGAAAGGCGAGUUAGGGGGUUUUCUCCUGGUGGCCUUCCAUUGAUGUUAUGCAUUAAAGAUGAGAAGCAAUAGAGUUCGAUCUUCCAUAAUCAGUAGAGACUGUAAAAAUGCUUAUCUAGGAAAUCCUUUUCGUGUUUGUGAAAUUGGCUAGACAGUUCAACCCGCAAUGGAAACAAAAGGCUUUUCUGCAGUAUUUGUUUCCCACUCUAGCAAAUCUGAUCACUGCCUUCUUGAGUUGAAAAUUGGAUUCCAGGACCCAGGAAAGACAUAUAAGCUUCUUGCUGGCCAGGGUUUGGGAAAGCCAGUAUAUAAAGAUCUGCUGGCAUUUUAGUUCUAUGGCAUCCUGAUUUUUAAUAUGGUAUGGUGCUUACUGUGGGCUAACCACUGUACUAAGCAUUGGGAGUGCUCAAUAUUGUGCUUAGAGAAUCUUGAAUGUUCCAGUAGCUCAUAAGAAAAGGCUGUCUUCGCCAUGCAUUAAUAUUUCAGGGUUCUAAUUCUAAUUCACCCUUCAAUUUGAAUCAAAUGAAGCUUGGAUUUAAGAUGGGCCAGCUAUCUAUUGGCCAAGCCAGUCCCUCAGAUAGAUAAGGAGAGAGCUGGUUCUCAUCCCUAUAGCAGUUCAGCAGGCAAAGCUUCCAGAACUGGUGGGCCCCAAACAUUUGCCAUGCACCAAUUCCUAGAAAUCCCAAGCGACUUGUCAGUAUUGCUCCUGUGAAGUGUUGGCACUGAAAUCAAGUCCUGCUUCAUUUAACUUGUGUUUGUCCCCUAUGGAUUUUGACAAAGCUCCUCUGUGAAAGAAUCAGAUUUACAAUUGUCAUUCUACUUUCCAGUGGAUGCAGUAUUUCAGAGAGAUCCUGUCACUCAAUUCACUUCAAUUUCUUGAAACUUGCACCUCCAGAGAAACACUGUGGAUAAAGCCAUGCAGUCCAGCAUCAGCUAAUCCUGUUGGUUCAAAGUUAUAAUCUUUAAGAUUCAUUGAACAAGGUUAUGUCUGUGAAAACUGUCUUUUUCACCUGCUGGAAUUCAUUAAGCUUUCACAAAUCCCAUUAGUGAAUCCAGUCUUUUAUUUAAAUGUGGGUUUAUAUUCAUUUUUCUACUCUGUGUCAUGUUUCUUUGUAACAUCUCCCACAGAAUUCCCUAGUAGAAUGUGAAACAUGAAAUGACUGAAAACAAGGAACUAGAGAAUGCUAGUCACAUAACUGGCAUAGGUAUUUUAGACAAUUACAGAAGUGUGCUUGCUAGCAUUCUGUUUCUUGCUGCCUGCUCUGCUCAAAAAGCUAAAUAUUACUGUCUUUUGUGUGGCCAACCACCGUUUACAAAUAAGAGACUUUACAAUUCAGUUAUGAACAGUAUAAUUUUAUGUACAUAUAUUUAAAUAUUGUACAGAAUCUUGAUUUCUACAAUGCUGUUUUCUUGUAUAAAAACACUAUUUGCUUUUGUUGAUUGCACUCAGCUCUUACUUUUCAAAAUAUAGUUUCUCAAUCCGCUUCACUAAUUACAGCCUUUUAAAAUAGAUAGGGAAUGCUUAUGCAAGGCUUACCUAGGAAUGGGAGAUAAAUGGCUUUAACAGAAUAUUAUAUUCCUCUUAUGGAGCAAAUCACACCAAUCAGCAUAUAGUUCCAGCACAGUGCAGUAUGUGCAUUCUUCCAAGACAUCCGUAACGACUGUUUCAAGGAAGAAACAUAAUAAUGGAUGAAUUCUCCUGUAAAUUAUCUAAACAUUCAGCAUUCCAAUUCUGUACUUAAAGAGGUUCAGAUGUAAUUUAUCACCAGAAAGUAGGACCUGCUUUUAAUGAAAACUCUCAUCGUUUUAGGGGCCAAGCUCUCUUCGGAUAUGAGGUGAAACAUUCUGAAGGCUGAUCGCCAUCCGCUGGUUGUAAUGAUUCCAGGAAAUUAGCAGCACAGGGAGGGAAAGGAUUAUUGGAUGAAUCCAGUUUUUUUCACAAGGAUUCUUUGCCUUUUUAAAAUGUUAUUACAUUUCCAAGAGUAGCAUUGUCUUUUAGAGGAUUUUUUUUACUUUGAUCUAACUUUAUUCUUUUAUUGCCAUAUUGAAACUUUUCUUGUCUUGUACUCCAGAUAUAUCCCAGAUCCUGUACUCCACUCUGCAGCUCAGCCAGACCAGAUUGAAAACCUGCUGAAAUACUAAGGGUGGAGACAGAUGAUUGAGUAGAGACAGAAAUUCUAUUUUGACUCUCUCCUUUUUCUGGAGGCAGCCUGCAUGGGCCAUCUAUUUCAGAUCCACAAUGCCUAUCCAAAACCUAGUUUGGUUCCUUUUGAAACUUCCUAGUACGAGGACUGGAUUAUUACACUAUCUAGUGACACAUUUUCUAGUCUUUUAAACUGUUUUUUAAAAGGAGCAUCAGCCAGGUGCACAUAUUUCUAAAUGUGUCAACUGGCCCACCAGUACCAUUGAUGAGACAAUCUCGACACAUUUAUUUUUCUGCUAGAAUGGUGUGUGGGGUGAGCUUUGCAGAACAAUCCCUGUGCAAACUCAAAAGAUCAGACUGCAGAGGUCAACCUGCCCUGGGAGUUAGUGAUAUUUCAAUCAAGUUUAGUCAUCAGGAGGCAGUUUCAAAUGACCCAGGUUCAUUACCAGUGUGGUGAAGAAUGGUGUGCACCAUUAUAAACAGGAGCCUUCAUGCAUUAUUAUGAGAAGGUCUAAUUUCAUAUUGCAGAGAUGUAAAUUGCUGUGAUAAACUGCAUAUUUAUGCUAUAAGUGGCUUAAGCGGACGAAUAGUAUACAAGUUGUUGGACAUAAUGAAUAUCACAAUAUUCACUUGCUUAGAGUAUUAAACUACACUAUACAAUAUCAGCCAUUGUGGUUUUGUUCACCUCUGUAGAAGAUAAAUUCAGAUCCCAAUAUCUUUGCAGCAGUUCACAAACUGUCCGGAUUGUAUCUACAGCAAUCUUAUGUCUUCACAGGUGUCUAAUAAAGCAAAAGUAAAGCUCUGGA